AUGACGAUCCAAACCCCUCUUCCACUCUCCGCUGAGUGGAACGACCCCGACGAAUAUGUCCAAGCCCUUCUCUCCUUCGCAACCGAAUCGGUCAUGUUCAUGAACCUUUGCGGUGGCGUCCAUAUCCUCGAUUUCCUGACGCGCGAUCCCGAUCUGUACGAGUCACUACUACCGCAAGAUUGGCGAUCAUUCUUUGAGCAUCACGAUAUCCACAGCAUCUUGCAACUGCUACUACGAGAGGACAUUGGCCCGCUGUGCAAACCCACCGAAACAAACGCAGGCCCCGAUAAUGGCAGGACUUGGAACGGAGGCGCAUUCCCGCCAACAAGCCUCCUCGAAUAUAUUCGCGACAUUCGGCGAUUUAGCUUCCGCCGCGAGUUCACCACACCUGAAGAUAGCCAACCUCUCCCUAGUCAUAUUGGUAUGGGCAUGAACAAAAAAAAGAAACAUGAGGUGCAGCAAUUCUCUCGCUAUGUCGCGUCUUUGUCGGAGACGGUCAACGAGCGUCGCGGGGAACCUUUGUCUCACAUUGUCGAUUUUGGGUCAGGACAAAAUUACCUAGGGCGCAUGCUGGCAAGCUCACCCUAUCAUAAACACAUAAUUGCCAUUGAGCGAAAACACCAAUACAUCAGUGGGGCCAGCCGCAUGGAUGUUCAUGCACGGCUGGCUAAGGAAGAAAAGAAAAAGACAAUGCAUAAUGCAAAGCUAAACAAAUUGAAGAGGCAAUGCAUCGACUGUACCGACACCCCGGAACUGGCUCCAAAGCUAGCCAUUUCAGAAAAGCCCGAAGUUCCUAGCUCGGGUGUGGAAGCACAACCCGAAGUGAACGAUGUAGUGCCAGAAGAACCUGCCAGGCAGGAUGAAGAUGACACCACCUUUAACAUGUUGGGCGACAUGACCCUUGAAGCCGAUGAUGUGCUCGGCUCGAUGCACGAAAAGCCACAUGUACUACACGUACCAAAGCCACGGCCAGAGGUCGAUACCAGAGGCACUGUCAGCUACAUCGAGCAUAAUAUCCAAGAUGGUUACCUAGAACCGAUCAUCGAGCACGUCGUCGACCUAAAGACAUCAGUCGAGACGCGGACCAGCACAGAAGAAGUCAUAAUUCAACCCGAAGACAAGAAACCAAGUGACGCCCGGGUGAUGGUCGUUUCUCUGCAUUCAUGCGGAAACCUCGUCCACCACGGGCUUCGCUCACUAGUGCUCAACCCUUCUGUUGUAGCAAUCGCCAUGAUCGGCUGCUGCUACAACAUGGUGACAGAACGAUUAGGACCAGCAACAUACAAAAUCCCCAUCCUUCGAUCCGCCCACCCUCGCCUUAAAAAGACUGGAUCUUCAUGGGACCCACACGGAUUCCCAAUGUCGAAGCUCUAUGAAAACUACCAAGCAAAGACCACAACGGGCUUCAAGCUCAACAUCACAGCCCGAUCAAUGGCCCUACAGGCACCCCACAAUUGGGGCCGCGCCGACAGCGAAGACUUCUUCACGCGCCAUUUCUACCGCGCUUUGCUGCAACGAGUUCUUCUAGACCGUGAUAUCAUUCCUAAACCCGACGUCCCUGACGAUCUAUACAAAGACCACACAGACAACCCCAAUGCUGGGGGUAUAGCACUGAUCGUGGGAUCUCUGCGAAAGUCUGCCUUCCUGUCUUUUUCUGCGUACGUGGAUGCUGCAACGGUCAAAUUGAGCCAGGAUCCCAUCCGGGGCGAGUUGGUUAAGGAGCGCAUCUGCACCAUGUCUGAUGAGGAGCUGCAGCGCUAUGAGGCUGAGUACUUGCAUACGCGCAAGAAUCUCAGUAUUGUGUGGAGUUUGAUGGCGUUCAGUUCUCAGGUUGUUGAGGCUGCUAUUGUGGUAGAUCGCUGGCAGUUCUUGCGCGAGCAUGAUUCUGUUAAGGAGUGCUGGGUUGAGCCGGUGUUUGAGUAUGGUCAGAGUCCACGCAAUCUGGCUAUUAUUGGGAUCAAGAAAUGA